CUGUCCUUCUCUCCUCGUUCCAACGUAGAGAGUACUUUUCUCUAUUUUACCACCUUUUUUUUCUUCUUUUUUUUCACUAUUUCCAAAUAGUUUCAUUUUUAAGUCUCCUAUCGAAAUUUUCUCUCUUUUUCUCUUCUUUAUUUACUCUCUUUCCAACCAUUUCCAACACCCUUUUCUUUCUUUCUUACUUUUUUCCUCUCUCUCUCUCUCUCUCUCUCUCUCUCUCACAGAGUGUUCUCUAAUCCCCCCAAUUCCCACCGACUUUCGAAUUAAACGGAGAGAACCAAAAGAAAAAAAGAAAGAAAAAAGGAUGGGAUUACAUAGCCAGCUGAACGACGUGUCGUCGGAUUCGAUCCCUCUUCUAAUGGUGGCUCUUAUCGCUAACUGCGUUAACUACCUCCGUUCUUUCCUCUUCGGUCUUCUCCAUUCCUUAGGUCUUUCCCGAUUCGGCUCUGACGACCACGUCGACGACGGUCUUUUUGGCGCCGUUGGUUCUGGACUCGCCGGAUUGAUCGUUCUCGCUGACCAGCUCAACCUCAACCGGCUCUUCUCAUACCGGUACUCCAUCGUAGAUAGCGGCGCCGAUGGUUCCUGCUCUUCCGACUGCGUCGUCUGUCUCUGCACGCUCAAGGACGGCGACCAGGUACGCAUGCUCGCCUGUCGCCACGUUUUCCACAAGCACUGCUUCGACGGCUGGCUCGACCACCUCAACUUCAAUUGCCCUCUCUGCCGCUCCCCUCUCGUCUCCGAUGAGCGCGUGUCCGUCACUCGUCAGCGCGUCGGCGGAGACCUCGUUGCUUGGUUUUCCGCUCAGUAAUAAAUAAAUAAAUAAAUGAAAAACUUUUUUUCCCGAUGACGACGUCGACGGUUAUUUACCACCCGUAUUUAUGAUUAUAGCUGGUGGGCUUUUUUUUUUUUUUUUUUUUUUUUUUUUUACUCUUUUUUAUCAUCUUAUAGAGUUAAUGGACAGUUUUCACUGUGGACUUUUUUUUUUCCCCCUUUUUUAUCUUAGACUUUUUUAUUUAUAUAUUUUUUGAGGGCUCCAUAGGGUUCUUUUUAACCGCUGUAAAUUUUUGCACUUUUUAAUGGCAGAAUAAGGAAGAGGUGUCUUUUGUAUAUAAAUUAAUUAUUAUAUUAGAAUAGUAUGUUUUGGUGGU